ACAAAUCGGAUUUAAUAUUGAAUUGCUGAGUGUCACGUAGCUUGCAGUGUCAAAAGGGGUGGUUGAAAUGCUGUUUUCUUGGAAUUAGACUAUUACUGCAGUGUGCGUGGAGUCAUCCGACUUAUAACAAGCAAUUAUACACAGAUAUUGAAUAGGAAUAAAUUUUCUGCCAGUCAGUAUUGAAAUGUCGCCACCCUUCGAGAGAUAUUAGAUUAAACCCAUAUAACAUUUUGUUCCCGGAAAAUUUCUUGGCUAUUUGACAUAACGUACUGAUGUAUAAAAACGAUCUCUCACGCGAUAUCAUGUUGGACACUUUAUCGAACCCUUUUAACUUUUACUUGACAUUUAGUAUUAUCUUCACUGUUUUUUUGUUUGAGUAAAUGUUUUUCUCACAGGUUGGCACGACUUUAGCAGCGGCGAUCUUGAUAAUUCCAGAAGUGCUUGCGCUCUCCGUUAUCAACUACAACGUUGUUGUUCCACCAUCCGCAGCUACCCACUUGGUUGGAGUGUCUAUUAACGACGAUAUAUAUCCAUUGACUCAAAAUCCUAGCACACCCUUGCUAUUCAGUGGCUUUGCUCCCGGUGAGAAAUCCUAUCAAUAUGUUAUUGUGGAUUCUAUGAAAGCACGCAGCGUUUUGGAUUUCGAAAAAUUCAAACGACCAGCCAUCAUGACCCAAAACAGCACCUACAACGAAGUGUUUGGCAGGCCAUGGAAUCAACUCAGCCUCCCUCCUUUACCUAAAGUGUAUGAUUAUCUUUAUCCGGUCAAGAGUAGCAAGCUAUACGAAGAUGGUCAAAUUGCCACGAUUCACUUCCAAGCUGACCCUCGGGAAAUGGACCGCAUGCAUAAUGCAACCCAAGAAGACAUUUUCGUUACUGGAAAAAUGAGUUACAUCGGAUAUGACAAUGUGCAGCACUUCUCCGAAGUAAAAAUCAAAAUUGGUGGUCACUCGACGCGCUCCUGGGCUAAAGUUCCUUACAAGCUCAAAAUUGAUAAGGAAUCCUCUCCUGAUGGCUUAUAUGGGCGUUAUCAUCUCAAACUACGCUCAGAAGCCACGGAUCCAACCAUUAUACGAGAAAAGCUCUAUGCUGACAUGUUGGAGUCUACCGGCGUCGCCACCUCGCAAGGCGCGUAUGUCAGACUGUUCCUAAACGAUAAACCUGUGGGCAUUUUUCUCUUAGUUGAUGAUGUUACAUCAAAACAGUUUAUCAGGCAAUCUCUCUACGGAGGAGAAAAGGUCGAUGUUGGACCGUUGAUCAAAGGAGAUGCCGGAAAGGGAGAAUAUGCCGCCGAUCUCUUCUAUCGUGGAGCUAAUAUCUCAGCAUACGACACAAAUACGUACGAAGUUCGGGUAGAUGCAGACCCGGAGGGCACUGCUAUGAAUCAGCUAGUGCAAUUUAUGGCAUUCAUUAGUACAUAUCAGCCAACGAAUACCGCCAAUGAUAUGGUAGCUUGGAACACAUGGUUGGAUGUCGACACCUAUAUGCGAUCCAUGGUAGUUGAAUGGCUAACAGGAAAUUGGGAUGGCCAUGUCUACAGUGGUAACAAUUAUGCCAUGUAUCAUAAGACUGAUGCUAAUCAAUAUGUCUAUGUACCCAUGGAUUUUGAUUAUACAUUUGGUAAUGGCCUGGAACAGGACCAAACGGUGUUGGCAACGGAUAAAUCCGAUAAGUUUACAGCUAACCGAGCUACGCAUUCUUACCUCUAUGAGAAGCUGAUGACAAUGCCUUCCUUUAAAUCCAAGUACGAUACUAUCCUUAACGAUAUUGUUACAAAAAUGUUCAGCAGUCAAGUCAUUGACCCUCGUCUUCGUGGACUCGCCUACAUGCUCCAACAUGAGGUCGUCUGGGAUCAAGGUCUUAAACGUCAAUCAGUUGGUAAAUCAAGACCCUGGAAGGCAGAGGAUUAUUUGUCAGCAUUCGAUGUCGGUGGCAAAGACAUUGAUUUGCUGUAUGGAGUUCGACAAUGGAUCGCUCUCAAAGAGCGCGCAGUCAAGUUGCAGUUAGGCAUCAUUCAGCCCCCUCCAGAAGAUAACGGUGGCGGCGAUGCCGAAACCGAUGCUCUCCAUGGAGCUGUCGCGAAGGCUGCUGUACUUCAGCCAUUCUAA